AUUCGGCAACGGAAAUUUGGCUUACUUGGUACUGGUUGUUUAUGUAUACCACGUUGUUGUUCGGAACUGAGAACAGUUCGCUCGGAUCUCAUCAUGAGUGACCCAGAACAUUCGCAGGCACUGCUUGGUAGACUAGUUCCCUCGAACAUGAUCUUCAAGAUGGCAGGCGAUUCGUUCUCUCGUAUAGAGAUAUCCAGCCUUGAAGGCAGGGCCCAGUCGACUCGACUGCGUCAGAAAUUGUUCCAUUCACUGCAUACGACGCUGGGAUCGUCAGAGAAGACCAUCAAAGAUGCGAUUUUGGCGGACAGUGGUUACAGCAAGUCGGAAGUCAACCUCGAAUAUGCGCUUGCCAUUUCCGACUUGCGCAAGCACUAUGCUUCUGUGGACCUCGAACAAGAUCUAAAAGCUCAGAAAGCUGUAGAGAACCUCAAGGCGACGACGAACGUUGGCAUUGUAUAUAUCGUUCCUGCAAAGCAGAACCUGUUCUAUUGUGUCAUCUCGGCUCUCACUGCAGCGUUGGCGGCUGGGAACUGUGUCGUCGUUGAGCUACCUCCAACACUGACGCAGGUAUCUGGUGUCCUCCGGAAGAUCUUACCAUCUGCACUCGACGCGGAUAUCUUCGGCGUCAGCGGCACAAGACCAACAAAGGACUUUCUGUCCAAAUGUCAUGUUUUGGAGCAGUCCGACGAUGGGACAGACAAUGCGCAAUCAGAGCCGCAGGCUAGGGUUGUGGCAAUCGUAGACAGGACUGCAGAUAUCCUCGAGGCAGCCAUGGUGAUCGGGGCAUCUCGAGUAUCAUUCAACGGGCGCUCAGUCUAUGCUCCCGAUGUUGUCCUCGUGAAUGAAUUCGUGGCCGACAACUUCCUGUACCAUCUCGUCCAGACGGUAACAUCACCCUUGUCGAGUAAAAGCGCCCCCGCAUCACAGAAUCAGUCAAAAUACCUGCCAGAUGGUCAUGCCAGAACGUUGAAGGAGCUGGAGAACAACGAUGGUGUUCGCGUGGUUGUGUCAAGCUCCAGCGGCAGCAUCAUGGAGGUCAAGGACCGGACAAUGGUACCCCUAAGUCGCAGGAUAGAGGGUCGACUGAUUAUCGUCGUGCGGAUAACGAGUUUAGAUGAUGCUAUCGACCUCGCCAACAGCUUCGGCACUCCCUUGGAGGCGAACUACAGCUUUGCAACUCCUACUGAAGCAAAUUACCUCGCGAGAUUCAUCGAUGCACGCAUUUCCUGCAUCAAUCAUAUACCUGCUGAACUGCUUGUUGGCCCGUUGGCACCCAAGCAUCCGGCAGAAGCACCGUCUCCGAGUCCACGGUACAGCCAAGCAUUAUUCCGCACUCCGCGACCGCGACUAAGACAUGCCUCAGAGCUGACGACCCUCACUCAGGCAGCUGUCCGCUCUCGGUCAACAGAAGGGUUGGAGUCGUGGAGUCGAGCCAUCGUCGAGCCUGCACUGCCGGCAAUGAAACAAGGUGACGGGCAUGCCGUUGGUUUCUUCGAUCAAGCAUUUUUGGCCCUAGGGGUCAGCGUUGUCUCGCUCUUGGCUGGGACGGCUUUUUAUGCCUUCAAAAUGUUGAGACGGCGGUAAUAAUUGUUCGACCUCUACAUUGUGAGAGACAAGGUUUCCCCCAAAACCCGAGUAGUUAGGAGUUGUAACAUAACCAUCUGAGUUCAAUUGUACGCCAUGUCUACUUAGGGCGUCGUGAGCAAUAGCAUACAUGGGAAACAGUUUGAAUUUGCAAGCAAAAUGUAUGCAGGUUCUACGCCACAGAAAGACAAAAUCAAGCAGCAGCAGUAACCAUUCUCGGACGGGGCAGUUUCUCGCUCUCCCUCUCCUCUCUUCCUACAAACUUGUUGCCUGUGUCAUCUUUGUAUCUGCCGAACGUGAACUGCGAGUUUGCCAUGUUGACAAGCUCCCACGUCUCAGCAGCCAGCACGUUCGGAUCAGCCUCAUCUUCCCAGUCUCCCACCGCACCUGCCGCAAAGAGCGCCGGCAUCCAAUGGUCGUCCGUGGCCUGGGCCUCGCGGUAGGCAGGAUGCUGCAU